AUGAGACAAACUACGACGCCUCUGGUUCUUCUGAUGUACCCAAUGACACAACAGCCUCCGCCCAUCCCAUUCACCCAUUGGCCGGCUUGCUGUUGGUGGAUGAGGAGCCUUUAUCAGUCGUCCAACCAGAUGGCAGGGCUGUGUCAGAGGGGGUGGGCCUGAGAGAGCAGCCUGCCUUCUCCUCCAUACUGACCCUGCUGGCGGAUAAACACCCACUGAGCUUGGUCCGAUCCAAGACCUCGCCAACCAUCAUCAAGGACAACAACCAAACCAGCCUGUGGCCUUCGGUUGCUCCCUUCUCUUCUUCUUCUUCUUCUGUGGAGCUGAGCAGAGACCUGUCUGACAGCUCAGCAGCAGCAGCAAUAUCAUCAUCAUCACCACCACCAUCACCAUCAUCAGCAAUAUCAUCACUAUCACCAUCAUCACCAGCAUCAUCACUAUCACCAGCAUCCUCAUCUGAAUGGUUAAUAACAGCAGCCUUUGCUUUAUCCUAUGACAUCUCAAGCCCGUCUAUCCCUGUCAGUGUGACACAAACAGCCUCAUCAGUGUCAUCUGUGUUUCCUCUGAAUAAAACAUCAUUGAAUCCUCCAAUCCAAUCCAGCAUUAGUUUAGAUGUAGAUAUAUUUACAGUCACAAAGAGCUUACCACUUCCCCUCUCUGACUCCACUCACCAAUCACUGACUAGAGGAGUGACCACAGAGACCAGUGGCACCAAAUCACAAGUCAGGACUCAGGACUCUGCAGCUCCAGCAUCGCUUCAAUCCCAUGGCUUGUAUGGGACACAAAGGACAACAUCGUCAAACAAAAUAGACGCCAGCCCUUUCACAACAUGGAAACCAGCAAAGACAGAAGCAAACCACUCCACCUCUACUAGUGUUACCUCUGGAAACGUCCCUUUCAACGUUUCAGCCAGAACCAUCAGAUCAUCACACAGCCGCCGGACCAGGACUGUUUUCACUAACAACAGAGAGACAAGCUCUUUACUUCUCUCCUCUCGUGUCCAGGACAGUCAAGCUAAUCAAAGCCAUCAGGGCGUAUUACAAACUGUCCGCUCAGCAUUGCUGUCACCUCCAUCUACUCCCCCACAAGGAUAUUUAGUUCCUAGUCUCAUCACAGGGGAAUAUAUCAGUGCAACACCAAACAGGGCGAAAAGAGAUAAGACAUGGACAGGUAGUCAGACGACUUUUAUAACAAGCACCUGGCCUGUAGCAGUUACCUCAGUGCCUUCUCAUGCUGUAGAUUCAAGUGUGUCGCCGGCUGUGACGACCAGAAUAUCGACAACAUAUUUCCCUAUCUCAUCUAACACCUUACCAAACUUGUCAGAUACCGGCUCACCCCGCUCAGACACCACAGUGGCUAAGUUAACAGGCUCUUACUGGAGCACAGCAUCUCCUCAGAGCUCAACAUAUCCCAGUGAUUUAGUAACAGCCACAGGGCACACCAGCCCAAGCGCUCCUGACCCCAAUAGGAAUAAUGAUGAGGGAGGAAGAGCAGGAGGGGAAGUCAGCUUGGAUUCAACUGCUCAGACAAGAAGUCACCCCCUCAGUGACUCCAUUCUCAGCUCUGUAUCUGGAACACUGAGUGACUCCACUCUCAGUUCUGUAUCUGGAACACUGAGUGACUCCACUCUCAGUUCUGUAUCUGGAACACUGAGUGACUCCACUCUCAGCUCUGUAUCUGGAACACUGAGUGACUCCACUCUCAGUUCUGUAUCUGGAACACUGAGUGACUCCACUCUCAGUUCUGUAUCUGGAACACUGAGUGACUCCACUCUCAGUUCUGUAUCUGGAACACUGAGUGACUCCACUCUCAGCUCUGUAUCUGGAACACUGAGUGACUCCACUCUCAGUUCUGUAUCUGGAACACUGAGUGACUCCACUCUCAGUUCUGUAUCUGGAACACUGUGUGACUCCACUCUCAGUUCUGUAUCUGGAACACUGAGUGACUCCACUCUCAGCUCUGUAUCUGGAACACUGAGUGACUCCACUCUCAGUUCUGUAUCUGGAACACUGAUUGACUCCACUCUCAGCUCUGUAUCUGGAACACUGAGUGACUCCACUCUCAGCUCUGUAUCUGGAACACCGAGUGACUCCACUCUCAGUUCUGUAUCUGGAACACUGAGUGACUCCACUCUCAGCUCUGUAUCUGGAACACCGAGUGACUCCACUCUCAGUUCUGUAUCUGGAACACUGAGUGACUCCACUCUCAGCUCUGUAUCUGGAACACUGAGUGACUCCACUCUCAGCUCUGUAUCUGGAACACUGAGUGACUCCACUCUCAGUUCUGUAUCUGGAACACUGAGUGACUCCACUCUCAGCUCUGUAUCUGGAACACUGAGUGACUCCACUCUCAGCUCUGUAUCUGGAACACUGAGUGACUCCACUCUCAGUUCUGUGUCUGAAACACUGAGUGACUCGCCCAUGUCUGCUAGUAGCGUAACCCUUGGAGACGCAGGAUUGACCCCUCUAACCUCGCUGACUCCUUCUUUGAAUUCUGACACGGGCCUGAUGUCACUUCCUGUCACUGAUCCAUCAACUUUAGCUCAGCACCUGACACGGGCGUUAACCUCUCCCACACUGCAUGCUAGUCCCUCAACAGUACCCCAGGAUCCCCAAUUCACCCUCUCCAUCAUCCUGACCACCAAGCACCCUUACCUUAACCCAACUGUCUCUAGUCUCCACAGAACUGAUGAUGCACCGACCCAGUCUGGCUCUAGAGGAACCACAUCUACACACAGACCUGUAGUGCUGUUAGCGAUGCCUCGCGCUACCUCACUGUCAGCGACCCAGUUUCAAACAAGGCCAUUGUAUAUUUCUGUUAGCACAGGGUCUGAGGUAGGUUCCCCUGAUAUGACCCCUGAAAUGUCCCUAGAUAAGUCACCUGAAAUGUCCCCUGUAAAUUCCUCUGAAAUGUCAACUGAAAUGUUAUCUGAAACGUCCCCUGAAAUGUCCCUUGUAACAUCCCCUGAUACAGCAGAGAGAGACAUGUCCUCAACAUGGACCUCACUGUUUGUCGGCUCACCCGAUCCUACUGCGACAGGCGAGACAGAUCACACUUUUCAAACACACUCCACAGCCCAGGUCCACUCCACAGCCCAGGUCCACUCCACAGCCCAGGUCCACUCCACAUCCCAGGUUCACUCCACAGCCCAGGUCCACUCCACAGCCCAGGUCCACUCCACAGCCCAGAUCCACUCCACAGCCCAGGUCCACUCCACAGCCCAGGUCCACUCCACAGCCCAGAUCCACUCCACAGCCCAGGUCCACUCCACAGCCCAGGUCCACUCCACAGCCCAGAUCCACUCCACAGCCCAGGUCCACUCCACAGCCCAGGUCCACUCCACAGCCCAGGUCCACUCCACAGCCCAGGUUCACUCCACAGCCCAGGUUCACUCCACAGCCCAGGUCCACUCCACAGCCCAGGUUCACUCCACAGCCCAGGUUCACUCCACAGCCCAGGUUCACUCCACAGCCCAGGUCCACUCCACCCUGGAGUUUGACGCCAGCCAAUCAGGUGGCUUCUAUAUCCUCCACUACACAGAAGAGAACCACGGAGAACAACACUCCCCUGUUAGAGGGGGUAACAUCAGCAUUAUCAGUGUCCAUACCAGAGAACAACACUCCCCUGUUAGAGGGGGUAACAUCACCAUUAUCAGUGUCUAUGCCAGAGAACAACACUCCCCUGUUAGAGGGGGUAACAUCAGCAUUAUCAGUGUCCAUGCCAGAGAACAACACUCCACUGUUAGAGGGGGUAACAUCACCAUUAUCAGUGUCCAUGCCAGAGAACAACACUCCCCUGUUAGAGGGGGUAACAUCACCAUUAUCAGUAUCCAUGCCAGUCUCUACCACAACUGA